AGGACCACCUAGUUCUCCUGACAUCCAAACUGCGUAUGUAACACCGCUGAGAGUUGUUUUUACCUGUUGCUUGGGGUUGCAGUGCAAAGAACAUCAAUAUCCCUUUGGUGAAAAAUGCUGCAAGUACUGUGCUCCUGGUGAAAGAAUGAGAAGUCGCUGCACAGCAACAACAGACACGGUCUGUGCCCCUUGUCAAAACGAAUACUUCAGUACUGAGUACAACCACAACUUCUGCAAGAGCUGUACCAUCUGCAAAACGACAAAGGGGAGCGUGGAAGUGAAGAAGUGUGAGAAGACUUCUGACAGAGUUUGCAGGUGUAUAGCUGGUUACAUGCCAGAUGUCAGAUAUCCCCUGGGGAGUGUAUGCUUACCAUGCCCUGAAGGGUUUUAUUCCACAGGGGGAAAUGGAAACUGUCGACCUUGGACCAACUGCAGCACUGUUGGGAAAACAACUCUUCGAGCAGGAACAAAAACAGAUGAUGCUGUUUGCAGCAGCCAUGUGACACAGCCAACUCCUCAGAGUGCAACACCUGCUUUGGAUCUUUCUACUGCCAACCACAGGAAUAAUACAUCACCUACAGUGCUCUCACCUUCCAAAUCCAGUGUGAUCCCUUCCGUUAUUUGCUCGGAUGCGAACAGCCCCACAGAGACUAACUGGGGAUCUCUAUCACUUAUCCUUAUUUGUCUGAUAUUACUUAUGGUGUCUGGAAUGUCCAUCUUCCUGUUGAUUAUCCAAGCAGCCAAAAAAACGACCAAGAAGAGGCCUUAUAGGAGCAACCAUCAGAAAGAAAGGAGCUUUCGAAUUCCUGUCCAGGAAGAACAAAUCGACUCCAAUUCCAGUCUCAUCAAAAACUGACUUGACGUUGCGUUACUGUUUCCUGCAUUUCUGAGCCGAUCAAUCGUAAACUAACGUGACGCAACUUUCAGUGGCUAUCUGUGUGGAUGUAUGUAGUUGUUUAAUUGCACUUCCAGUCCUUUGGGACUCAUUGAGUCGUCCCUUUGGCAUUAGGACCCGUGGGAGUAACUGCUCUCAAAUCAUGACUCCUCCUAUUAGGCAGAUCCUGUGCACAGCAUCCCUGGUACUGGGCCUGAGUUGAUACAGUCCUCUGUGUGUUUCUAGCCGCUUGUCUUUGGGCUGCAGAAAGUGUUUACAAAGCUGUAAGAGCUAAUCAUUGAGCAAACUGACAUACAGGGAAAAUUAAAAGACCUGCUUUAUAAUUAGGUUUAUAUCUUGCCCUACAAUUUUGAGGUGCUGAGCAGGGUACGUCUUUUCUCUCAGUGGAGCCAUUUCCAGGGUUUCAGUUGAGCUCCCAAAGGAGCUCUCUUCCUUUUAGGUGGAGAAUCUCCAUGGAUGGACCUAGCCAGCUUCCUUUGUGCUUCCAUUUUGUUUUUCCUUUUUUUUUCCCUAGUCAAAAUAAGUGGCAUAUUUCAACUGUGCCUCCAGAGACGGUUGUCACAGCUGCUAAUUCUGGUGCUGGCUUUUAAGCAACAGUUAAGAGAUGGCUGUUCAGUGCCACUUCUUUCCUUUCUGCCUUUCUUUCGGGCAGACCCAUUGAGAAAAUGUCAUGUUAACGUUGAGCAGUAUCCCCACAGGCCAACAAAUGGAAUUAUUCACCGUCAUUGAGUAGCUCCAGAUCUCCAAGUGUUUGGAAAUCUCUGAGAUCUUCAUUGGUGUGGAAAGUAGAAUCUGUGUAGUCACUGCCAGAAGGCAAAGGGAAUGGUAAUUUCUGAUCAGAACAUUAUUAGUGAAAACUAAUUCAGAGCAGGGGGAAAGUAGAGUACAACCUGUCUGCAUUAUAGACUUUAGUAGUUGCUGUAUAAAACUAAUGUUUUAUCUAUAAGUUUUGUGCAUACAACAUGCUCUGUGCUGCUUCUUGGUGGAUGUUCUGUUGUGCUGAAUAUCCUGGUGUGUCUAUCCCCAGCAAGGUUGCUUCAGUCAAGCUUGAAGAGUAAAAUAGCUUAGUUUGAACCACUUCUGUGGGAGUUGAUUGCUUGCUUCGAAGUAAUGCCGUGGAUGGAGAAACCCACAAGCAAGUUUGUUUCCAGGUGGUCUGGAUUUGGGGAAAACCUUUUUAUGUCCUAAAUUUAGUAGCAUGUAUAUGGACACUUAGAGGUUUUUCUGCUGAUGAAUGAUAACUUUGUGGUGAUAACUCCCUAGAUGUUGCCUCUUGAUAAGAGGCAAGCUGAACUUUUAACACAGUGUUGACCAUAUGGGCCUUCAAGAGUUGUAUUUUUGCAAAGAUACGUGAAGAUCAUGAAACAGUGGAUACAUGCCUAAACUAUGCUCUGGCUGUUCAUAUGGAUGCUCACUUCUGCAUACUGUCAGUGGAACCUGCCUCAGAACUGAAGAAGUUUUCUUCACAUGGUCUGUUCACAGUUAAAAUACACCUGGUUGUUUGCCUGCAUGCUGUUUGAAAUUAAUUUUACUUCUGUAAUGUUUUUUUUCGCGAGUUAAUUGAUGUCUUUUAAAGAACAUUGAAUUUAUCUAAAAUUUCAAAGCCUAAUGUCUGAGAGACAAGUAAGUGUUAUUUUCGAUAACUUUUAAUGUAAUUUAAAUAUCUCGGUGUAAAAGUUUGAGAAGUGAAUUUGAAAGUUAUAUCAUUCAGAAGUGUUUUCACUUCAAAUACUCCUUAGUAGAUAACUCAUAUAUUUUAUAUACACAGUACCAAAGCAUAUGGCAAAAUAUGCAGCACGGAAAUGUAUUCAAGAAUACAACUGGUUGUCUAGAAACAUGUUUUUAAACAUGUUUCAUUAUAUGUUAUACAUAUGGUGUACUUAGUGGCUUCCUAUUUUGAAGUGCAUAUACAAUGUAUAUAAAUAUUUGUAUUAUAUAUGAGGUUAUAGUACUGACUUUUUCAAAUAAAUUGUAGUAGUGG